UCUUUGUCUUCGUGUGUUUGUGUGUUCGUGUUCCGUCAGUGGCUGCUCGCCUGCAUCGUGUCCCUGGUCGUCCGCUUCGUUUGGGGCUUCCCGGACGAGCCCCCGGUGGCGUGGCGCUGCCUGCUCAAGUGUCUCCCCGUGAUGGCACUCGUCCCCUUCGCCCGGCAGCGCGGGGGCCCUGCGGGGGGACGCUGCAUCGCCCUCGGACUCGCCGCCUCCGUCGUGGGUGACGUGUGCCUCUUCUACAAGGACAGCUACUUCCUCCACGGAGUGCUGGCGUUCGGCCUGGCCCACUGCUGCUACACCAAAGCGUUCGGUCUGCGCGGCGACCACCUCGCCCUGGGCCUCGUGAUGCUCUGCUGCGCCCUCGCCGCAUUCGCCUUCCUCUACCCGGGCGUGAGGGACGACGCCGUGCUCGCGCCGGCCAUCUUGGCGUACAGCUUGCUCAUCUUCACCAUGGCGUGGCGGGCCUCGGCUCGGCUUUUCAGGGGACCCGGCUGGGGGGCCUGCGAGCUGAGCGGCGCGUUGGGCGCGGCGCUUUUCGUGGUGUCGGACCUGACGCUGGCCACGAACCGGUUUCGCUUCGCGGUGCCCCACGCGGCGUUGGUCACGCACGCGACUUACUACGCAGCGCAGCAGCUGAUCGCGCUGUCGGUCAAGCGGGAGCCGUUGACCGGCAAGCAAUGGAAGCUGCCGUAAAAGUCUGUGCGGGACCCCCCCCCCCCCCCAAUAGGGUUGCCACCUCUGGGAUACGGCAACAGCAACAACAGAAAAUGGCACGUGCCACGAGAAGGAGAAAGGAUAGCCCACGCGCGUAAAUGACACACAGAA